AUGCCUACUCCUCCCGCCCCGUGCCCCGCCACCUCGGCCUCCCCAUCCCACGAUCCCGCGGCCCUCCUCUCCCCGCGCCCCGCCACCGCGGCCUCCCCGCCCCAUGCCCCGUCGGCCCUCCUCUGCCCGCGCCCCACCGGCCCUCCUCCCCAUGUGCCCCGCCACCUCGGCCUCCCCCGUGCCCUGCCACCGCGGCCUCCCCGCCCUGCGGCCCAGCGGCCCUCCUCUCCCCACGCCCGGCCACCGCGGCCUCCCCGCCCUGCGGCCCAGCGGCCCUCCUCUCCCCACGCCCGGCCACCGCGGCCUCCCCAGCCACGCGCCCCGCCGGCACUCCUCUCCCCGUGCCCCGCCAUCGCCUGUCCUCCUCUCCACGCGCCCCACCUCCUCUGUGCCGCGGCGGCGGGGGAUGCGUCGAGCUCGGCCCCGGCGCCCCAGAGGCUGGUGCUGUACACCAAGCCGGGGUGCUGCCUCUACGACGGCCUCAAGGAGAAGAUGCACGCCGCCGUCCUGCUCGCCGGCACCCCCUACUCCCUCGCCUCCAUCGACUACCUCUUCGCACCAUCCCUCGAAGAUAUUUUUCAAGCCAUCGAUUUUAUCCACCGUACAACUGGGGCUGGAGUUGAUCCAAAGCAUUAUUUACCACUCGUGCUUAGGAAUGCUAUUAUAGGCAAUUAUUACCAGAAGAUGCCCACUGUCUAUGGCCAGAAGCCUCACUUCUUCCGAUUUGAAUUGGAUCAUGCUCAAACACGUGCUUUGAUGGCUAUGUUUACUCCUUCGCCUUCCCCCAGCAAGUUCUGGAUGCCGCCUGCUUCACAACCAGGAGCUGAGCAUGUGAGAGAACCAACACUACCUCCUGUGUGGGUACAAAAAUUUGAGGGUAACAAUGAGCUCCAAGCAGAAAAGAUUUUUGUGUCAUAUGCAGAUGCGGUAAAGCAAAGCAAGUUUGAGGUUGAGGGAGUUGGACUGAGAGAUGUGGAUGAUGGGUGGAACAAUGAGCGGAGCAAUGAGCUCAAACCAGAAAAGGGUUUAGUGUCAUAUGCAGACAUGGUAAAGCAAAACAAGUUUGAGGUUGAGGGAGUUGGAACGGCAGAAGUGGACAAUGGGCAUGCCAGCUCAAGCAAAGAAUCUUCCAAUGGUUUCGAUGAUCUCGAUUGCAAAGAGACACCACCAGAGUGGAAGGAUCAUGCACUGUUCAGUAAGGGCGUUGAAGUGCAACAGCAGCAACAAUCUGCCGAGCAGGAAAAUGAGCUUAGCUUCACAUUGGUAUUAGAGAAGCUAAAGGCUCUAUCAGUUCAGCAACUUAGUUCAGAAUUUUAUGCCAAUGGAGCUGGAACUGAAGGCAUUGAUGCAUAUGGCUGCAAGGACAUGCAAGAAGCUAAAGGUAUAUUUCUUGAGGGGCACUCUGGUUUGCUAGAGAACUUAGAUACCGAAGUCGAUUAUCUUGCCUGAGAGCAUACCAGUUUUCUACUGCAAGGGUUGGGCUAUGAAUCCUAUUGUUGUUGGACUUCAUUGCUAUAUGACCGAGAGAUCUCAGCACAAGCUUCUGCUCGGAUGGUUGAGUAUGAGGCUGAACUUUUCACUUCCAACCCUGCCAAGCUACAUAAACUUGUCAACUCAAAGGCAAAAGAUUUCUCAUUUCAGAAGCGGAAAAUAGAGAGUGUCAAGAAUUUAUACUACGCGAUGAGAAAGAGAGUAUGCAAUGAACCCUGUAACACCAACGACCUUGGUUUUCUCAUUGCCCCUUGUUCUUGCAUGGCGAUUGGCGGGGAGUGUGUCUGUGGAGGCGUACCUAAACCUUCACAUGAUCAGCAUGUAGUUCAAAAUGUUGAACCAGGGAUGAGUACAGUGAGCUGUUAUGCGCAAGUAGGUGGAAGCUACAGUGGUGCACAACAAACACAUCCUGAAAUACAUGGUCAUUCUUUCCAUGCACAGCAUCCUGGGAGCAUGAUAAAAAAUGAAGAUGCCACCAAUAAUGCACCAUAUGUCUAUUCGGACAUUCAAAUGUAUGACGCCUACGCACAAAAAGUUCCUGAGCCAAGUGAAGUGAGCAAUGUCUCUCUUAGAGAUAUUACAGAUUUUCAGGAUUCUAUGCAGUUUCAGCAAUUGGCAUCUAGCAACCAAUGCGGCAAUGAAGUAGCAGAAUCAAAAGAAAUGUUGAUUACUGAUCAAGUUAGAGUGGAACACGUCCAUUUCCCUCCUAAUAACAGUGGAGAAGCAAUCUGGAACGGGGUUGAUGAAACAGACACACUCACUCUUGCUGAUGGUAAGAAAAUAAAGACAGCCAACAUAGACCAUCUAGCAUUGCAAGCAGAUGGUGGGAUUUGCAUGCCUGGUUUAGAUGAUGCAUCAAUGCCAGAAGGUUGACCUCUGCGGCCACGCGACGUUGGCCUCUGCGCACUUCCUCUUCACGACUGUUCUUCCGGAGCAUGGCAAGCUGGAGUUCACGACCAGGUCCGGGACCCUAACUGCCAAGACAGUUCCUGCACCAGGGAACACUGGCGUCCCAGGUGACAAGCAGGGGAAGCUGUUUAUGAGCUGGAUUUCCCCAUGAUUGGCUUUCUGGACUGCAAUGAAAUGCCGUUGAUUCCGGAGACCCUAAGCGGUGCACCCAUUGUCAGCUUCACAAAUCGGCGACCGACGGGGACCUCAUUGUGGAACUUUCUUCGGGAAAAGAAGUUGUGGAUAUCCUUCCUAGCAUCGAUGAAAUUAGAAACUUGGCCUGCAGGGGUCUCAUUGUUACAGGACCGGCGCCUGCUGGAUCUGGUUAUGACUUCUUUACACGUUUCUUCUUCCCAAAAUUUGGGAUAGAUGAGGACCCCGUUACUGGCAGUAUACAUUGUGUUUUGGCACCCUAUUGAGGCAGAAAGCUGGGGAAGCAAAAAUUGACGGCAUUUCAAGCAUCUCCCAGGGGUGGAACACUAUACCUGCAACUGGAUGGCGCAAAUCAGAGAGUGCAAAUCCAGGGAGAAGCUCUAACUGUGAUGAAUGGAACGCUCCUAGCCUAGCCAGCAUGCAUUUGGCAAUUUGGCAUCCAUGAUCAAUCUACUCGUAUAUGCUUUGAAUUGAAGGACAGCCAUUCGUCCAUCUACUCGUAUAUUCUUGGAGUUAUGAUUUGACUUUGGAUGGUGGUGAUUCUGUUUGUUGUUAUAUGCUUGUUGAACAGUGAACUGCUUAUUGGUACAAAAAUAAAAUAAAAAACAUCCUGAGCUCAUCUA